CUGUCGUUCCCUCACACACCAUAUGUCAUUACAGUGAAAAUAAUUUCGUUUUGCGCACUGCCAUCGUGCGGAUUAUUUUUCCCCGUUUCCCGUGGUGCAAAGUGAGGAAAACUUACCCCAGUUCUUAGCAAUGGGUGACGGAGAGUGUUUAAAUGGUGCACGAUUGAAUGGCGGUGCUGCGGAUGGCGUGAAAACACCCUUUCUAAUUGGCGUUGCUGGUGGAACGGCCAGCGGAAAGUCGACCGUAUGCAAACGCAUCAUGGAACAACUAGGCCAAGCUGAUAUGGACCAUACCCAGCGCCAAGUCGUCACUAUCAGCCAGGAUAGUUUCUAUCGCGAGCUGUCGGAUUCGGAAAAGGCGCGCGCCGAACGGGGUCUUUUUAACUUUGACCAUCCGAGCGCGUUCAACGAGGAUUUGAUGUUGCAAACGCUGCAGGACAUUCUGCACGGCAAAAAGGUGGAGAUUAGCGAGUAUGACUACCGCCGGAAUGCCGUUUGUCCGGAAAAGAAAAUCACCAUCUACCCGGCCGACGUGGUACUGUUCGAGGGCAUACUGGUGUUCUACUUUCCCGCCAUUCGAGAUCUCUUUCACAUGAAGCUAUUUGUCGAUACCGAUUCGGACACUCGGCUGGCCCGAAGAGUUCCACGUGACAUUAACGAACGAGGACGAGACUUGGAUCAGGUGCUGAAUGCGUACAUGAAUUUCGUAAAGCCAGCAUUCGAAGAGUUUUGCUCACCGACUAAAAAGUUUGCUGACGUUGUCAUACCACGAGGAGCUGACAAUACAGUGGCAAUUGAUCUGAUCGUGCAACACAUUCGCGAGUUUCUGAACAAUCGCACCCGCAGCGAUCAUAGCCCGCAUCUGGCCUCUUGCGGUACCAGUGCCCUGAAUCUAGCUAAUGGUAGAGUACGUUACUUCGUGUUCCACUAGAACCCAUAUACAUAGUAUAGAUGAAAACUGAAGCUAACAUCCAAAUUUGCAAUAAAAACCAUUUCUACGAGUCACAGGACCUUAAACAGACGCUACAGAUAUAAGAAAAAACAAAACAGAGUAGACUUUUGAAGGCCCUCUAUUUGAAAUAAUGUUGUGGACAAAACAUGUUUGGGUUUUUUAAUAUGUAACCCUAUACGAUUUGGAUACAGCAGCAUGAACACCAAAAGCAAUCCCAGUUCUAUUACUCACAUUAUAUGACUAAUCGGUUGUAGCACACUCAAAUAGAUCUUCUAGUGAACGUUCUUGACUGGACUUUAUGUGUCGAACUAUGAGUGAAAUAUAGGUAUAUAUAUAUUUAUGUUGACAAUUUAAAGCUUCUUACUCAAACUCACUGUGUUGUUACCACCUGUGCAAGCACAAAUCAAUCUUCAAUUCUAUUUGGUUGUUUAUAUUGUUUUAUUACUGUUAGUCAGCGUUAGUUAGCUCUUCAAAGUGCCAUCGUUAAUAGUUUUUAAUUUAUUGUUAUAUGUACCACAUCACUGUACUGUUUUACUAGUUACUAGCGUGGAAAAGGUACCUAAUGACAUGCUGACACCAAAAUUGAAACAGAUUCAAACAUAUUGAAAUAAUAAAAAAGUAAUACAGCAACCCCAGUUGCCUGGCUGUGCGUGUCUUUGAAUGUAAUGAAAAUACUUCAAAUGUGUUGUCCCUGGUGGACCGUUUCAACUCCUUCACUGUUUCACAUCUAAAGCAGACCUGUUUCAAAAUCAAAAUUCAAAUAAACACGCUCCUACCAUGUUCAUGUUCAUCACUAAAGUCCUAGAAAAUUGUACGUAAAUUGUCAAACCUUUUAAUUGUGGAACCGAUCCUCGGAUUAUAAUUAUUUCAAUUUUUUCCUUGUUUGUACUUGUUGCUUUGUAUUAUCCGCAGCUCAAGCUAGUACGCACUCCAUAUCUCCUUCCAUGAUCAGUAGCCAGCUCUACGCGGUGUUGUACGAGUACAGUUGAAUCGUUCGUGAGCUAAUACUUUGUGUAGAGCAAAGGGAAGAUCAUUAAACAGUUUAUUCGUAGCUUGCGAUCAAAAACCAGUUUGUGAGAACGGCGUGCUCAAAAUUACCCAUUCUUUUCAACAUAAUAUGUAAAGCAAGGUCCCACAAACACUAACGUGGAAAGGAGCAACUGAAGCCACCGGUGUGUCGAAAUUUAGCGAAUAAUAGUAGUUCUAGUAGAGAGUCCCUUAAGGUCGAACAAUAAUCUUUGAAGAGCAAUACAUUAUUUAUCGUUAGGAUAAAAUGUACGUAAGGUAGGUCAAUCUGUCGUCUUGUGACAUGUGCUACGAAACAGAGAAUGUGUAUGCUGUUGGACAUUGACACGUCCUCGAGCGACUUUAAGCUACCAGCUAUAUUGGGAAGGUAACCAACCAUGCGAGAAAGUUAAUAUUAUAGAGAAGAACCGAAAACAAAACAAAAACAACAAUUUUAUAAUCCCUGUGUGAUAUCGUACAAACUUGGAUAAUGAUAUUGGUGGAAGGUAAAAACAACAAACAUAUUUAAUGUUUUAUUUAAUAAAUGCUGCAACCUCAGGACGCAGAUUGUUGGUCGGCGAUCCUCAUCACAGCGCAUUGACGCUACUAAAAACACGCAUAUGACAUAAAAGAUAAAUGUACAACCGUCAACCUUUGCUGAAAUCUUUGAACUUUAUGUACAAUAGGAUAAAACACCACCAAAUAUUAUGAUUUAUUUUAUAUCUACAAUUUGAAAAUAAAGCUGUUUAGACCAAUGAUAA